AUGAAAUUUUUCUUGACUGGAGGUUCGGGAUUUCUUGGGCGCAACCUGAUCCGUUACGCUCUUGAUAAAGAUGACGAUUUGAGCAUUAUCGUGUUAUCACGGUCAGAGGAGUCCGAUGAGAUUAUGCUAAAGGCAGCUGGAAAUGAGAAACACAGAGUUCAGAUAUUGAGAGGAAAUAUUGAGGAUGAACAAGUGUUGAUAAAGGGUGUUUCGGAAGUACAAGUAGUUAUACACAUGGCCGCUAAGGUACGGCCUUGGGGUGUAUUUUCCGAAUUUGAGGUCAUAAAUAUUGGUGGGACUCGAAAGCUAGUAACCGUGAUUGAACAAUCGGCAAACAAACCACGUCUGGUCUAUAUAUCCUCCUUUACCGCUUUGGUAUCCAACCACCACGACAAAGAUAAUAUCCCUAAUUGGGCCCCUUACAGCAAAUCAAAAGCUCUGUCGGAAGACAUAGUGCUCAAUAGUUCUAUAAGCGAUAAAGUACUAUUGCGUCUUGGUUGGUUAUGGGGUAAAGACGAUAAUGUAUUGUUACCGAAGUUGGUCUCUCUGAGUAAGAAUCCAUUAUGGAAGAUAUGUCCACGUUCUUAUCCAGUAUCUAUUCAACAUGUUACUAACGCGUGCGAAGCAGUGUAUCUUGUGGCAAAAAAUCCGUCGCUGCCAUCGCAGUUAUAUGAGUUUAAAGACCCUGAUGGAGAUAUUGAUGUCGAAGACUUUCUAGAAUCAUAUGUAAAAGCAGCGUCCCAGCGCUCCGACAAUGUGCCUCGACCGUUUGAGAAUUUCAGAGCGCCAAAGUGGUUGGUAUGGGGAUUCAUCACGUUUGUAGAAUGUAUUCCAUUCUUAAAUUAUGGGAAGAAGUGGGCAUUGGAAGGAAUGACGAGAGAGCCUUUGAUGCUGUUGUUUAAUGAUUACAGAUUGAAUGAUGCAAAAGCAAGAAAAGAGAUUGGGUAUGUUGGACACGUUCGAAGAGCUGAAGGACUCGAUGAAGUUGCAGAGAUGCGCGGGUGA